AUCAGCUGGAAGCAAGAAAGACAGAGACGAAACUGAAAUCGAUCAACUUUUCGACGUGAACUUUUCACUUCGGCUGCUGGCUCGUGAAACAAAACAAAACAAAACAAAAAAAACAAAAUGUGUGGAUCCAUAGGCACAAGAAUCAGGAAGUACCUGGAUAAAAGAAGAAAUCACAGGACCAGGCUAGUGACCAAAGAUGGCCGCUGCAACAUUGAAUAUGGAAACAUCAAGUACAGCAAACACUUUGCCUUCCUGGCAGAUUUCUGGACCACCUUGGUGGAGGCCCGGUGGCGGUUCGUUUUCUUCAAUUUCACUGCGACUCACACCCUCACCUGGUUCAUUUUCGGUCUGCUGUGGUACUGGAUUGUGCGUAAUAAUGGAGAUCUGACCUGGCAAAACCCCUCACCAGAUCACACUCCAUGUGUUUGGGGUGUUGCAGGACUCACCACAGCAUAUCUCUACUCCCUUGAAACACAGACCACUAUUGGGUACGGCGUACGAGCACUCACACCUCACUGCCCGGGUGCCGUUGCUCUUGUCACUAUCCAGGCAGUCCUCGGAGCAAUUAUUAAUUGCUUCAUGUGUGGUGUUAUAAUGGCCAAGAUCUCUUUACCUAAAAAGAGAGCUAAAACCAUCUCAUUUAGUCCAAUGGCUGUGAUUAGCCCCAGAAACGACUAUCUUUGCCUUUCAAUCAGAGUGGCCAACCUACGUAAGAGUCUGAUGAUUGGCAGCCAGAUCUAUGGUAAGCUCCUGAGAACGACAACCACACAAGAUGGGGAGACGAUAAUCAUGGAUCAGGUGAACAUUGAUUUUACGGUGGAUGCUGGGAAGGACAACCUCUUCUUUAUUUGUCCUCUCACUCUCCAUCACAUAAUCGACAAAAGCAGCCCUUUCUUCGAGGUGGCAGUCGACACACUCCACAAUCAAGACUUUGAGCUGGUCGUCUUCCUGGACGGCACAGCGGAAUCCACAAGUGCUUCUUGUCAAGUGCGGACCUCCUAUAUUCCUCGGGAAAUUAUGUGGGGCUACAGCUUCUUGCCCAUCAUCUCAAGGAGCAGGGAUGACAAAUACAGAGUCGAUUUCUCCAACUUCUCCAAAGUGGUGCCAGUAGCCACUGCACACUGCGCCUAUUGUUUCCACAACAUCAAGGGUCAUCAUCACCACUCCAGAGAAGGACAAGACAAUCCCGGCUUUGAGGUGAUAGAAAUCACUGAUUCCCAAGAUGCCACCAAAAUGUAA